UAUUUAAUUUCUUGUCAACGGUCGAAUUCUUUCCAUUUCAAAAUUCAAAUCUCAUUUCUUUUCUCACAAACAACUUUAUCUCUCUAACUCUCUCGGUUUCUUUUUUCAUACCCUUCACCGAUCUGUUGCAAAAUAAAAACACACACUAAUUCAGAAUGUCUACUCCUACAAAAGAUCCACUUAUGCAAGUGGAAACAACUUGUGGUUCUCUUCUUCAUGAACUUCAGAUAAUUUGGGAUGAAGUCGGUGAGUCGGAUGUUGAGAAAGACAAGAUGUUGUUGGAGCUUGAAAGAGAGUGUCUCGAGGUGUACAGGAGAAAAGUCGAUUUGGCGAACAGAAGCCGGGCUCAACUAAGGAAAGCAAUUGCUGAAUGUGAAGCAGAGUUAGCAACCGUAUGCUCUGCUAUGGGUGAGCGGCCCGUGCACAUUAGGCAGUCUGAUCAGAACACGAAGAGCCUAAAGGCGGAGCUCAGAGCCAUUCUUCCGGAACUAGAAGAAAUGAGGAAGAGGAAAUCCGAAAGAAAGAAUCAGUUUAUCGAAGUUUUAGAACAGAUACAAAAGAUACAAAUGGAAAUUUACACAACUUCCGCUAAGACACUCUUGGAUGAAACGGAUUUAUCAUUAAGAAAGCUUGAAGAACUUCAUGUGCAGUUACAAGCACUUGAGAAAGAGAAGAGUGAUCGAAUUAAGAAAGUUCUAGACCACAUGAACACGUUGAAUUCACUGUGUUUGGUGCUUGGAAUGGACUUUAAUCAGACGGUUCAUGAAAUUAAUCCUGGUUUAGCAGAAACCGAAGGAACAAAGAGCCUAAGUAAUGAUGCGAUCGGGUGUCUCGCUGCUGCUAUACGGAAAUUACAUGAGGUCAAAAUUGAGAGAAUGCAACGACUUCAAAAUCUUGCAAGAUCUCUAUUAGAGCUAUGGAAUUUAAUGGAUACACCAGUGGAAGAGCAGCAGAUGUUUCAGAGUGUUACCUGCAACAUAGCUGCUACGGAGCAGGAGAUCACGGAGCCCAACUUGCUUUCUGUCGAGUUCAUUAAUUAUGUUGAGGCUGAGGUUUCACGACUUGAAGCGUUGAAGUCGAGCAAAAUGAAGGAACUCGUCUUCAAGAAACGAUUGGAGUUAGAGGACAUUUGUAGAAAGACUCACUUACUUCCGGAAGCUGAUAGUUCAAUGGAGAUAGCUAUGGAAGCUAUUGAAACUGGAGCUAUUGAUCCCGCUAGUCUUCUAGAACAAAUCGAGCUACAAAUAGGGAAAGUUAAAGAAGAAGCAUAUAGCAGGAAAGAAAUACUCGAUAAAGUUGAGAAGUGGAUUUCGGCGUGUGAAGAAGAGUGUUGGCUUGAGGAAUAUAACAAUGAUGAUAAUCGUUAUAACGCUGGAAGGGGUGCCCAUCUCACUCUAAAACGUGCAGAAAAAGCCCGCGCUUUAGUCAAUAAACUUCCUGGAAUGGUGGAGGCGUUAGCUGUGAAGACGAUAACCUGGGAGAAUGAGAAAGGCAUAGACUUCACUUAUGACGGAAUCCGCCUUCUUUCCAUGCUUGAGGAAUAUAAGAUCUUGAGACAAGUAAAAGAGGAAGAGCGAAAACGACAAAGGGACGAGAAGAAACUUCAAGGACAGUUAAUGGCAGAACAGGAAGCCAUGUUUGGUUCAAAACCGAGCCCAAUGAAGCAACAAAGUGGGAAAAAGGGGUCUAGGAUGUCUUAUGGUGGUCCGAGUAACAGAAGAUUAUCACUUGGGGGAGCUAUGCACGCACCUAAAACCGAUCUUCACUCUGUUAGAGCUACGCCUAACACCCGUCAUACAAAAAAGAUUGAACGACAGUUAAAUAAUCGCGAAGAUGGACUUUCAGCUGGGAGAAGAGGUUUGGACAUAGCAGGACUUCCUGCAAACAGAAAACAUUCUAUCAGCGAAACCGAACCACCACAGCCGCAACAGAUCUUCCGAACACCGUUUUCUCCUAUUUCCUCAACAGAAUCGUCGAAAACCAACAUAAGUUUACUGGAAGAUCUCAACAGAAAACACGAAAUGUUGCAGAAAACUUUUCAAACCAGCAACAACAACACGCCGUUUACAACUCCUUCGAAAACCUUAAUAAUAUCUGCAACAGACGACGAAAACAGAACUCCUAAAACCAACAUGAUUCCGAUGGUACCAUGCACACCGUCAACGAUUUCUGUACCGAUGCAGACUGCAAUGACACCUGCACCAGCUUCAAUGGGUGUGGAUCAGAUUAAGAAGAUGAUGAUCCCUGAAGAGAUUGUUGAGUACUCUUUUGAAGAAAGGAGAGCAGGUUUUGUGCUUCCGAGAACACACUUGAAGGCGGUUGUUGCAGUUUGAUGAUGUUUUAUGAGGUUAAUUGUUUAGGAUACUUUGAUUUGGUUUGAAGUCAAUUGUAAUUGGCUUUUGGUGACAUAUUGAUGAUGUUUGAAGUCAAUUUUAACUGACUUUAUGAAAAUGAAUGAUUUCCACUUUUAUUCUUAA